GAAAGUUUUAUUGUACAAAACACUUUAUUCUUUACUAUUACUUUCAUUUAUCGGAGAAGUUUCUUCAAGAAUUUUCUUCCAAUUGUAUUGUAAUUUUUAAUUGUAUUCGGUGCCCCGCAUUCAUUAAAUACCGAGGUCGAUACUUCCGCGCGUUCCUUCUACCACGCGACGGUCAAGUACGCGGCCGAAGAGGUGAAGGCAAGUGACCGCUCAAGUAGCGCGAUGCAGAUCGAAAGAAAUCCAGUUUUGCUAUGACCGUUGGCUGGUAGACACAGAUCCUGAGAACGACUCGCGGAAUAGAUAGUCUCGAAAGGAACAGCCGCGUCUCCGCGAAGUGGACGUUUUUUCUUUUUUUUUUUCUUGUUUCACACACUGGACUAACUCGUCAUGGAAUUUCGCAUAUUUGUCAUGAUACUCUUAUGUGCAUCGUCCCAAGCCGAAAGCAACGAACGAUCCAGAAAUACAAAACCGGUUGCGAACGACAACGAAUCCACGCGAGGAGACGAGCCUCCGGAGGGAUAUUAUGCGUUCGUCGAAUCGCCGAACGCGGAACCACCUAGAGUUCGACCACCGCCGUAUAUUGACAGUGAUAAGGAAUGUUACGAUACUGGUAAACAAGGAAAGGGAUUUGUCUCGAUACAUAAUAUUUGCGGCGAUCUGAACAAAGGUUACGUUCCGCGAAAUCCAAUGAAACAAUAUGUAAAUGGUUCAUCGUAUCCUUUCGCGUUGAUAAAGAAUCACACUCUCAAGUUCCUCAGUAAGACGUUACCGAUUCUCAAAGCUGAUGACUCGUUACCAAAAGUUGCCAAAGUUCAUUCGGUGUCGCAGAAUUUUGUCGAUACGGACGACGAAGAAAAACUAGGAAGAAGCAGAAGAUCCAUUUCUCUGGACUCGACGUCGGACUCUAGUCGAAGCGGUCGCAAGUUUUGCGACAACGGGAGCGGAGUAGUAUGCAUGUUAUACAAGGCGAUUCAAGGCGAGCCACUUGCGUCGUCGGCGCCGACCAUCGAACGACGGGAUGAACCAACGUCCGAUUAUCGACGUGGGGAACGCGUGCCGUCGGAAAAGCCGGAAUAUACGGGCCCGCCAACCCCAUGCCCGGCCAAGGUUGAAUACGCAACACCCGUCUUUGCCAAAAACUAUCAAGGUGUUUGGAGAUACGUGGUUCAGAUACCGUACGAAGGCUAUUUCACACAGACCAUCGAGCUCACCAGAUGCAUGCAAUCGAGGUGUCAUUACUUGGACGGUGGAUGCUUAUCGUCGCCGAGAUGGACGAGCUUAUUGGUCGCUGAGAUUUUUUAUCCCGACACCUUCUUAGAAGAUAAUCAAGGGGUUGGUGUUGGUAUCGGGUCCGGCACUCGGGAUCCCGUUGCCGGAUCGCCGCCACCGGUUCAUGAUUUCCAGAAUUAUCAGCAAUAUCUGCAGAAACGUGCGAGCACCGGAGAAGCACGUAGCGGUGGUGGUGGUGCUCAGCAACAUCACUGUGACGGUGUCGACGAAAUGGGUUGCUUCCAAGUACGAUUGUAUUACGAUUGGUUCUUGGUGCCAGGAAGCUGCAAAUGUUGGCGACCAGAUUAUUUUAAUCGAUACGUUCGUCGCAGCGGCUCUAGUGUUGAAUUAUGAUGAGUUUCACAAGACAGUUCUCUCUGUUUUAUUCUGAAAAGAUUUGUGGGAAGUACAUUAUAUUUUUUUUUUGUUACGAUCGUUGUUUUAUGAGAGUGUACGAAGUAGUUGGAGCGACUUCGCUCGAGUCGUGCGAAAUAGCGCUCAUAGUCACUAGACGUGCACGCAAAUCUGAUUCACUCUUGCGCUCUGUCAAAAAACAUAUUGUAAACAAAUCGAAUGUAUUUUAAAUUAUAUCUUCGACAUAAUCAAUUAUCAUGACAAUAAGUAUGCCAGACAUAAAGUUAAUUUAAGAGAUAUAAAUCUAAUAGGUACGAUAAGUGACUAAAAAAGAAUUGUAAGAACACAAACUACG